AUGGAUCGUAAAUCAUAUAUAUUUGGAAGUUUUUCAAGACGUCGUCAAUCACAUGAUUCAACAACAAAACGGCGAUCAAUUAUAUCUUCUUCUUCAAUUAAUACCAUCAUUCAUAAACCCUCAUCAAUAUUACAUAAUGGAUCAUCAUCUGUGGUUAGUUCAUCACCAUCAAAGUCCAAAAUUACUAAAAAAUCAACGACUUCAUCCUCAUCACAAGGUGGAGUCAUUUUUUCAAAUUUUAUAACAAAUGGCUCUGUGAGAGAACAAAUCAUUGUGACUGUGUGUAGUUUAUGUAAACGUGAAUAUGUCGAUCCAAAAGUGUUACCUUGUUUGCAUACAUUUUGUGCCCGAUGUUUGUUGUCGUUGAUUGUUAGUGAAUAUCCGUGGAAUAAAGAUUUUGAUGCUUCCAGUUCUGGUUCCGGGUAUGGAAGCGAGCGGCGCGAUGCUGCUAGCUCGAUUACAGGAACAUGGUCUCCAAAGGCUAGUUCCAGUGCAAAAUCACAUUCAGAAGACGUAAUUCAAAUAGUUAUUUGUCCAUCAUGCAAAUAUCAACACACAUUGCCUCAUGGUGGAGUGUCAAGUUUACCAUCAAAUAAUAUUAUUCAAAAUCGUCUACGAGAAAGUACUUCCGAACGAAAUACAAUUCAAGUACUAUGUGAUUUAUGUGCUUAUGAUGUACCGGCAGGAGGAUUUUGUAAAACUUGUAACAAGAAUAUGUGUCCCUUAUGUUGGGACUCACACAUACGGCAGCGCAAUACUAGUACUCAUGAGGUUGUAAAUUUAAAAAAAUUAUCACGUAAACAUCACAAAUCAAGUGUUGCAGACAUUGCAAAAUGUUCAUAUCACCCGGAUUAUGAACUGAACAUGUAUUGUCUGUCAUGUUUGGAAUGCAUUUGCCAAAAAUGUUGUAUAGAUCAACAACAUAAUGGCCACAGCUACGAAUUAAUUGAGAAUUUAACACGAAUUUAUACAAAAUCAAUCCAAGAAGCGCUGAUACGUGCACGUCCUGCAACCGAACAAGCAAGUAUUGCACUUGAACAAAUACGUACUUUAGGACGACGUAUUGAAACACGCAGUAAUAUUGUUCAAAAGGAAGUGGAAGGAUUUAUUGAAAUCUAUAAACAAUCCUUAGACGAACAUCGGCAAACAUUAUUAUCACAAGUACGAAAAUCAAAGGACGAUAAAUUAAAAUUAGUAAAUGCACAAGAAAUUACAUUGGAGCGACGGAUUGAAGAAGCAAAUCAUACAAUUAAAUUUGCUGAGGAACUUUUGACAGAAGGAUCACAAGUUGAAUUGUUAUGUUUUGUGAAUCAAGUAUUAGCGAAAUUAGAUUGGUGUAAUGAUAUUGCACGACAAGUUGAACCACGUGUCACAGAUUGUAUACAAUUUUUACCAGAUGAACAAGUACCAGCUACAGCCAACAAAACUCCGUUAUAUGGAAUGAUCACCACACAAACUGUGGCGCCUAAUAACUGUUUUUUGAAUACUGAGGGAUUGCAGAAUAUUCGAGUACAUAGAAAAACCGAAUUUAUUGUUGAAGCACGAGAUGUUGACAAUCAUGCAUUAUGUCAUGGUGGUGAGAAAUUAUCAGUUGAUUUACGAUAUAAAGACAAUUCGUCUAAAACUGUACCAGUAAAUGUAAUUGACCAUCGUGAUGGCUCGUAUUCUUUAACAUUUGUUCCUGAAGCAGCAGGACAUUUGAUUUUAACGAUUCUUAUAAAGGGCAAACACAUCAAGGGCAGUCCAUUUUCACUAGCGGUUCGAACGGUUCGACCACAUCAUGGUAUAUUCCAUUGUUGUAGCUUUUGUUCAAGUGGUGGGAGUAAACAAGCUGUUUGUGGAUGCGGUGGUAACAUGCCUGGCGGAUAUAAAGGAUGUGGUCACGGGCACGAUGGCCAUCCUGGUAAACGACAUUGGUCAUGUUGUGGAAGUGUUUAUGAACAUUCCGAAUGUAACACAAUUGGUUCAAGUCACUAUCAGUUUACAUUAUAAGUUUCGAAACAGUUCGUUUAUUACAUUUACGAGAAAUUGCAAUCAGGUUAAGUCAUCUAAAAUCUAUUUAUUCAUAAUUGUACACUUGUGGUUGGAAAAUAUUGAACACACAUCAGGACACAGACAGUAAACAGGACGAAAAGUAGCUACAUAUAAUUGUUUUU